AUGCACACCUCUGCCUGGUCAUUAGCAGAGCAUCCAGGGAUCAAAUGGAACCAGACCUCAGUUACUGAGUUCAUCCUACUGGGGCUUUCCAAUGCCUGUGAGCUACAAAUGCUCAUCUUCCUGGGGCUCCUUCUGACCUAUCUUAUCACUCUGCUAGGAAAUCUCCUCAUCAUGGUCAUCACCCUCUUAGACAGACGCCUCUACACCCCUAUGUACUACUUUCUCCGCAACUUUGCUUUCCUGGAGAUCUGGUUUACCUCUCUCAUCUUCCCCAAGAUGCUUGCCAACAUCCUGACUGGAUGUAAAACCAUCUCUCUAAUGGGUUGUUUCCUACAGUCUUUCCUCUAUUUCUUCCUGGGCACUACAGAGUUCUUUCUGCUGGCAAUGAUGUCUUUUGACAGGUAUGUGGCCAUAUGUAAUCCUUUGCGUUAUGCCACCAUCAUGAACAAAAGGGUCUGUGUCCAGCUAGUACUUUGUUCAUGGACAACAGGAUUCCUUCUUGUGAUUGUUCCAAGUUUCCUCAUAUUCCAGAUGCCAUUCUGUGGUCCCAAUGUCAUUAAUCAUUUCUUCUGUGACAGCUUUCCCCUUUUGGAACUCAUAUGUGCAGACACAAGUCUUGUAGAGUUUCUGGGGUUUAUAGGUGCCAUCAUCAGCUUACUAGGCACUCUGUGUGUGACGGCCACCUGCUAUGGCCAUAUCCUGUACACCAUCCUGCGCAUUCCUUCAGCCAAGGAGAGACAGAAGGCCUUCUCAACAUGCUCCUCCCACAUCAUCGUUGUGUCUCUCUUUUAUGGAAGCUGCAUCUUCAUGUAUGUUCGGUCAAGCAAGGGUGACCAGGGGGAGGAUAGGAACAAGGUAGUGGCUUUGCUCAACACUGUGGUGACCCCAAUGCUCAAUCCCUUCAUUUAUACCCUGAGAAAUAAGCAGGUAAAACAGGUGUUUAAGGAGCAGAUAAACAAACUUUUUAUAUAA